AUAGAGACGAAUAGAGCAGAGAGAGAGAAACAGCAGCGGGAGGGUAGAGAGAGAAAGAGAGAGAGGAAAGAAAGGGGUAAAUUUUGCGAUAGUAGGAGUGGAGUGGCAAAUUGGUAAAUUAAUGAGUGAGAGAGGGGGGGCAGCAGCACCGCCAGCGGGGCUGGUGGUGACGGAGCAGCAAAUAGCGGAGGCGCUGGAGGCUCUCCUCCGCGACACCAACGCCUUCACCUCCUUAAACGGCGUCGUUCAGCAGCUCGAGUCGAAAUUGGGUGUUAACUUAAGCCACAGAGUCGACUUCAUUCGCAGCCAGAUCCAGCAUUUCCUCCGCCUCCAGGCCCAGCACCAGAAUUUCAUGUCCCACCACCAUCACCAGGGAAAUUUUGCCCUCAAUCAAACCCCCAAUUUUCACCCCGUUCCUUCGCCACAUCUGCCUCCGAAUUUCACUGCACAUCAUACAGCAGAGGGUUACAGCUUCCACCCGCCGCCACCAUCCCAGCCACAGUUGUCGCAGCCACCGCCGGCGCCGCCGGUCGCAGUGAAGAACCCUAGUGUCACCACCGCCAGUGUUUCUGCGAAAGAGAGUGUUCCAACUGCGAAGAAAAGAAGAGGUGGCCCUGGAGGCCUAAACAAAUUGUGUGGUGUUUCUCCCGAGCUUCAAACCAUCGUGGGCCAGCCCACCUUGCCAAGGACUGAGAUUGUGAAGCAAUUGUGGGCUUAUAUAAGGAAAAACAACCUUCAAGAUCCGAACAAUAAAAGGAAGAUAAUUUGCAAUGAUGAGCUCCGCUUGGUAUUUGAGACGGACUGUACUGAUAUGUUCAAGAUGAAUAAAUUGCUAGCUAAACAUAUACUCCCGCUUGAGCCUACAAAGCAGACAGCUGAAAAUGCUAAGAGACUGAAGGUCGCUGCGGUGAAGGUCGAUGUUGCGGGAUCUGAUAGUAAAGGUGAUGACCCUGUUCCAAUUGUGUUAAUAUCUGAAGCACUUGCCAGUUUUUUUGGAACUGAGGAGCGGGAGAUGUCACAAGCAGAAGUAUUAAGGCAGAUGUGGGAGUACAUAAAGGUUAAUCAACUUGAGGAUCCUUUGAACCCAGCAGCCAUAGUCUGUGAUGCUAAAUUACAAGAGCUUCUUGGGUGUGAAAGCAUUUCAGCAUUAGGGAUACCCGAGAUGUUGGCACGGCGUCAUUUAUAUAAGAAAUCGUGAUAGCACACUGACUGGUAAGGAAAGAUAUAUGAUGUUAAUGCUAACUUAUUUGUGUUCUGAUGCCAUGUCGAGUGCUUCCUGAAAAGAAGGUUCAAGUGGCUUCUACUUUCAAGUGUUUAGGUUUACGGCUGUUGCUAGCACUGGAAACUCAAGUUUAAUUGUGGGCUAGGUAUAAUCCAAGGUUUUUCAUUCUUUAGUGUGGAAACAUCUAUCUAUUGCAUUUCCAGGUGCUGUAAAUAUCCUGACCGUAGGACAACAGAUGUAAAAGAAGAUUAUACGCUGCUAUGCCGGUUCUGUAAAAUGAAUGAUUAUCGACCUUAGGUCAGUGUAUCCACAAAACAGCAUGUUAUCCAUGCUGAUGUGCUGCUUUAUUGCUGUA